CCCCGCUGGCUAAGUACAUUGGGGUAAAAUAUACUUUGCGUAAAAAUGAGCACUCUACUUUAGACAAAUUAAUAUUUUAAUAACAACGGCAGGAUCAAUAACAUCAUAUUUCCGGGUUUAAUCGAGGGGAAUUUAAUUCAUUCGAUGGAGUAGGUCUUCUUACGAUGUGAAUUUUAUUAUUGGGAAUUCAAAAACCAGUUUUUUGGGAUAUUCUGAGUGCGAUUUUUGGUGGGCAUCGGUUUUUGGAGGUUGGAGAUCAGGGGGAUAUGGAUGAUGAAUUGGAGGAUAAAGUGCUUUAUCAGACGUACGUUUCAUACAUGAAGCUCCUCUCAAAAUUCGCCGUGGGCCUGCCCACUAGCCUAACCGCUGGCUCCAACACACCAAUCGGUUAUUUUUGGAAGAUGAUGCGUCUGUAUGCACUCAAGCCAGAAGUGUUGUUCUGUGGUACAGUUAUGUUCGUCAUACUAUUCUAUCUACAGGCAGUCGAUGUUUGGAGCAGAACUUUACUCGGGAAAAUCCAAUAUACCCUCGGAAAAACGAGUUCGAAGGUAUCGAAACUUCAGUUCCUCGUUGCCAAUGCAAGCACCAGUGGCGAAAAAGUCAAGUGGGAACUCAGGGAGGGUUAUGUCGCGGCAUACGCAGUACAGGGACAUCGGCCUCAUAUGGAGGAUAGAUUCGUAGUUAAUGAGGAUAUCAACAAAACGGGGGUCUCGGUUUUUGCGGUUUUUGAUGGACACGGGGGAGAGUUCGCAGCGGAUUAUGCUCGCGAUAAGUUGAUGCCCAACAUAAACAAGAAAGUGAUCGAGCUGAAGAAGAUGAUAGCAGGAAAAGCUCCAGCGAACCCUCAGGAACCAGACGUCCCGAAUUCCCCGAGUGAAACAAAAGUGCCUGAGAGUCCGCUGGAGAAACGCAAGUCUUUCCGGAAGACAGUAUCCACCACUGAUGACACAGUAAAAAGUAAAUCAGGCACAAUAACAGACCCGGAGCUCCUCAACAAGCUGAGCAGUCUAGUUCGCCCAAUAACGAGGGAAAUCCGCCACGAUCGGCCCCCUGAGGCCCCGCCGAAGACGGUGGACAUGUCGAUGUACAUAGAGGGACAGAGGAUUAAUUACGCUAAGCUCUUGACUGAUGAGGUGUUGGCCGUGGACAGUCAUCUCGUUCAAGCCGCCAAGAAGAACCUGGAUGUGGCUGGAACUACAGCUCUGAUCGCCAUCCUGGAGGACAAUAAAUUAACAGUAGCGAAUGUUGGUGACUCCAGAGGUGUUAUGUGUGAUAGUAAGGGAAACGCAAUUCCCCUGUCCUUCGAUCACAAGCCUCAGCAGCAGCGCGAGAGACAGAGGAUCAACAAAGCCGGAGGUUUGGUGACAUUCAACGGUGUCUGGAGAGUGGCUGGAAUCCUGGCAACGUCCCGAGCCCUCGGAGAUUAUCCUCUGAAGGACAGAAAACUGGUCAUUGCUGAUCCAGAUAUUCUGACGUUCGAUUUGAGCGAUCACGAUCCGUCCUUUCUCAUCCUCGCAUCUGAUGGCCUGUGGGACACUUUCUCGAAUGAAGAGGCUGUUGCCUAUAUCAGGGAGAGGCUGAACGAGCCCUACUUCGGGGCAAAAAGCCUCACGCUGCAGAGUUUUUACAGAGGAUCACUGGAUAAUAUCACUGUUGUCGUCAUUAAUCUAAGAAAUCGUAAAUACAGCAUAUCAGAGCUCAACAGGGCAGAGUGAUGAUAAUUUAUACGGAUUAAUUAGGAAAUUAUUGUUAUUCUUAGACGUUUUCUUCGUGAUGACGACGUUUUGUUGAUCUUCUAGUCAUUUUGUGGGAAGUGGGCUGGUGGUCGAGCUAUUUUCCGAAUUAUUUUGGAAUUUCCAUGGAGUUGUUUCGACGGAAAUGAAGGGGUCGAUUUUAAUAAACGUAUUCAUGAUGAAGAUUUUGUUUUUUUUUCACACUGUGGAAUAAUUACAAUUUUUAGUACGUUCUCAGUGUUUCCUCUUCGUAAAAACUCAUCAUCUUUAUUUUUAUGAAAAUGGAAAAACGUUUGUUAUAAAAAUAAUUAUUGAUAAACGACGAACAAUAAAAAAAUGAGUUUCACCAGCA